AUUCGAAAUCCUCUGUUCUAAUUCCAACAAUGGCAACGGGAAAUAGAGCGAGACCAUUGCCAAAAUUUGGGGAAUGGGAUGCGACUAAUCCUGCCUCGGCUGAAGGAUUCACUGUUAUUUUCAAUAAAGCUCGUGAUGACAAGAAGACCAAGAAAACCGCUGUCGCAGGACCUGAGAGUAUUGUUUCACCUCCAAGAAAUGAGGAACCUCCAAAAAACAACAACCAUCACAACCGUAAUUCCCAAACCCCACGAUCAAAGAAGAAAUGGCUUUGUUUUCGUUAACUCUCUGGUAGUGGCUCUGUUCUGAAAAACCCAACGAUAAGCAAGCAGAAUCGUGUAGCCGAGUAAUCUCCAACAGAUUAUAGCGACCAAACCUGUGAUCAUCUAAGAUGUUGUUGCAAACUUCUCUUCUUCUUCUUCUUGCUCGUUGAGUUUCUCUUUUCCACUUUGUUUUGGCCACAUUUGGGUAUAUGAUUAUACGUUAUUCUUUCUGCUUCUUAGUUUCAUAAGUAUAUAAAGAUUGAGACAUGUC